AUGCCGAAAACAAGGUCUCAGAGGAACGCUGGUGCAUCUAAGGGGAAGGAGAGAAGCGCCCCCCUAAAUUCUCAUCGGGAUCCGACACCUGAGGGAGCAGGGGCGGGGCCUUCACGGAUUCCGCCUGAACAGCUGGUGCAAACGGUGGCGGCAAACCUGCCCACCUUCGAAGCGAUCGUGGACUACCUCAAAGGGCAGUCGGGAGGUCAGUUCGACAAGGAGCCUAAGGUCCAAGGAGCCGACCUGUCAGAGUCCCGAACUGGGAGCCCCAAUCACGGGGCCAAGCGGGCGCGUCGGGAACUCACGCGAGAGCAGGUCGAGGUCGUGGAGCCAUCUCACAAGAACUCCCGAACUGAACAUCCGGAGCCCGUCCGGGGGCUCUCCCCCCGGAGGGAGCGACAACAGGUACGGGACGAGCUGGACCUGAUGCUUGACCCGGAGGCGGACAGGUACAUUGCUUCCCCCUUUGCGCUUGACAUCGAGGAAUACCAACUGCCCGCGAAGUUUAAAAUUCCAACCAUGAAACCUUACGACGCUACUACGGAUCCGGAAGACCACCUGUUCGUAUUCAUGACGCAGAUGCGCUUACAAACGGCCGCAGAUGCGGUCAGGUACAAGACCUUCCCGAUGUUCCUAGAAGGAAGGGCUCAGCAGUGGUUCCAGGGACUUCCCCCCAGAUCGAUUAGUUCUUUCACUCAGCUCACGCGACUGUUCUCAGCACAGUUCGUUUCUUCACGAGCCUUCUCCAAAAGCACCGCUCACCUUAUGACCAUUCAACAAAGGGUCGAGGAGUCACUGCGUGAAUACAUGGUGCGGUUCAAUAACGAAUCCCUCCAGGUCCGCGACCGAGAUGACAAGGUGGUCAUGGCUACCUUCAUUAACGGGCUACGGAAGCAGAAGUUAUACACCGAGCUCGUGGAGCGACCACCCAAGUCAGUUCGGGAGAUGUUGGAUCGAGCUCAUGAGAAGGCCAAUGCUGAGGAGGCCAAUCGCCUGAAGAGCGCCCAGGAGAGGCAGAGGGAUGACAAGCGCAGAAGGACAACUGACCAGGGGGACGUGCGACGUGACCAAGGGCGGAAAAGUACCUAUGACCACCCGCCUAGAAGCCAACCCUUAGGGGCAGACAAGCCUUGGACUUCCCUCACCGCCCCCCGAGCUCGGGUCCUCGCAGUGAUGGAGCAGGAAGGGCUAUCCCGACCUCCCCGGCCCUUGGCCGGGGAUAGAAGCAGGAGGGAUCAGGACCUGUACUAUGCGUACCACAGGGAUGUGGGCCACGACACUGAAGACUGUCGCCACCUUAAGAAGGAAAUUGAGAAGCUGAUCCGGAGGGGUCAUCUUGGCCAGUUCGUCCGCGAAGGGCGAACUGAUCAGAAGCAAGGAGGAUUCAAGCGAGAACGGGCGCCCAGCUCGCACGACCGACCUCGGGGUCCUCGGGAGCGGACUCCGGUACGCGGGGAGCAGGCUCUGGCGGGGGUGAUCAACACUAUUGCAGGGGGACCUGCUGGAGGGGAUAGCCAUUCGGCUCGGCGAAAUAACAGACCUCCCCCCAGUGGGGAGAGCUCAAACAAGCGCUUAAAGAUGUACGAGGAGAUCAUCUAUGGGCCGGAGGAUGCGGUACCCCUAGCUUCCAAUAACCACGAGGCAAUUGUGAUAGAGGUCGUCACGUGUAACUAUAAGGUAAAAAAGGUGUACAUAGAUAAUGAGAGCGCCAUCGAUGUGUUGUACUACAAGGCCUUCAGAGAACUGCAGCUGGAAGAUAAACAGCUCAUCCCAGUUCGUACCCCCUUGAUAGGGUUUGCAGGUCCGCCGGUAAGGCCUGAGGGAAUGAUAACCCUCCAGGUCACUAUAGGGGAGUCACCAAGGUGCCGAACUGUUCAGGUAAAUUUCGCGGUGGUAAAGGAGCCGUCCUCCUACAACAUGAUAUUGGGACGUCCAACCCUAAACGCACUCCGAGCUGUCUGUUCGACCUUACACCUCAGCAUGAAAUUCCCCACUCCCGAGGGAGUGGCCGAGGUGCAGGGGGACCCGGAGGUAGCUCGAGCCUGUUAUAUUGCAACCCUCAAGGGUAAGGAGAAGCUGGUGGCGCAGACAGUCCUUCUGGAGCCCUGGGAGCCUACUGAGAAGGAGGAGAGGUUGGAGACGGACGAAAAUCUGCUUGAAUUGCUUGUCAACCCCGAGCGACCUGAUCGUGUGGUUAAGGCGGGAUCUGGACUAAACGAGCAGUGCCGAUGA